AUGCAUCCAGCACUGAUAGUUGCGGUGCUCGCCGUGACCAUUGAGCUGGUCACCAGUCAACAACCUCAUGCCGAGGAUCGUUGUAAGGAUCGGUCAUGCUAUCCGAUCACGGGAAAUUUGUUGAUUGGACGAAAACAUCGCCUGAAAUCCUCGUCAACUUGUGGAAUGAGAGGAAGAGAAAGAUUCUGCAUAGUUUCUCAUCUCGAAGAGCAGACGAAGUGCUUCUAUUGCGAUUCUCGUACUGAGUGGCGACCGUAUAGAGAACCAUAUAGGCUGAGUCAUAGGAUUGAGAAUGUUGUUUCCGAUGGUUAUGAGGACAAAAAUCGCAACUGGUGGCAGUCGGAGAAUGGAGUUCAGAAUGUCACCGUACAGCUUGACCUCGAGGCUGAGUUCCACUUCACUCAUCUCAUUAUGACGUUCAAAUCUUUCCGCCCUGCUGCAAUGAUCAUCGAAAGAUCCGCUGACUUUGGCAAAACAUGGCAGGUAUAUCGAUAUUUUGCCUAUGAUUGUGCUGGAACAUUCCCUGGAAUUCCUGAAGGUCCACCCAAGAAACACACUGAUGUCAUUUGUACAAGGGCUUAUUCCGAAGUUGCUCCGUCAACUGGAGGAGAGUUAGUCUAUAAAGUCAUCUCUCCCCACAUUGCAACAGAAAAUCCUUAUGCUGAUGAAAUCGCCAAUCUAUUGAAAAUCACAAACUUACGCUUCAAUUUCACGAAGCUUCACACCCUCGGAGAUGAUCUCCUUGAUUACAGGCCGGAAAUCGAGGAGAAGUACUAUUAUGCCAUAUACGAAAUUGUUGUUCGUGGCUCAUGUUCGUGUUAUGGUCAUGCCUCUCGAUGCAUACCCAUUGAUAAUAACAAUGAUCCUGCUCUAUCUCGACCAGAUAUUGUGCAUGGUCGUUGCGAAUGUAUGCAUAACACAGAAGGUUUGAACUGUGAAAGGUGUCGUGACUUCUACAACGACUUACCGUGGCGACCAGCCAUUGGUGAGGAUACGAACGAAUGCAGAAGGUGCGAAUGUAAUGGACACGCGGCCAGAUGUCAUUUCGACAGAGCUGUGUACCAAGCCAGUGGAUUUCAAUCCGGAGGUGUUUGUGAUGAUUGUCAACAUAACACACAAGGCAAGAACUGCGAACAAUGCAAACCGUUUUUCUACCGCGACCCUCAACGAGCCAUUUCGGAUCCAUACGUCUGCCUUCCAUGCAACUGUGACAAAGCUGGUUCUCAAGAUGACGGCAUCUGUGAAGGAGAAGAGGACCCAGAGCGGGGACUGGUUGCUGGAAAAUGCUACUGCAAACCAAAUGUUGAUGGACCUCGCUGCGAUCGCUGUAAAAAUGGUUUUUGGGAUCUGCAGGCUUCGAAUCCGGACGGAUGUAUAGCAUGUACUUGCCAUUUACUUGGCACAUACAACAAUGAAGGGUGCGAUAAAACAACAGGCUUUUGCACUUGCAAGCGAUUGGUUACUGGCGAGAACUGCGAUCAGUGUUUGCCUGAGCACUAUGGCCUGUCAGAAGAUGUUGAUGGAUGCAAGCCCUGCGAAUGUGAUAUAGGAGGAUCACUAAACAACCAAUGCGAUCUGGUAACAGGUCAAUGUGUUUGCAGAGAGGGAUUCAGUGGAAGAAGAUGUGACACAGCCGAUUCGAGCUACUACUGCGCAAACAUCGACCACUUCACUUACGAGGCCGAAAACGCUGCUCUUACCAAUGCUGAGAUCGAACUACGAGAGCAUCCUGGAGAAGGCGGCUCCAUGACGUGGACAGGAGAAGGGUUUGCUAGAGCUAAUGAAAGAAGCACAAUUACGUUUAAAGUCAACGAUUUACAAACAAGUCAGAAGUACAACAUUAUCCUGCGUUACGAUGCUGCUAGGGAUCCGAUAGGUUGGGAAAACGUCCAAAUCACUGUAGUCCGACCAAAAGAGGCAAGUGGUGAAUGUGCCGGUGUUGACCCCUCCGAUGACUUCCUCAUCGCUCGUCUACAUCCUGGUGGUCGCUAUGUGGAGGCGUAUCCAGCUGUUUGCUUGGAAGCAGGCCUAGAAUACGAAAUUCGAGUGCAGUUUGGUGAAAAACGCACUGGCGCGCCAGAUCGCGGAGCUUGGAUUUUGAUCGACUCGUUGGUACUGGCUCCACCAACCGAAGAGUUACUCAUCUUCAAAGGAUCUGAAAGUGCCCUGCAGCACAAAAUGGAAUAUGAUCGCUACCAGUGCCGUAACUUGAUCAUGUCCCUCACUCCCAAAGAAAUGUACAGCGAAACCUGCGAGCGGUACGUCUGCCCCGUGGCUGCUGCGGUGUUGAAUAGGACCAGUUCGUGCGAUUGCGACCCUACUGGUUCCGUGUCUGGAAUCUGUGGUGUGAAAGGAGGUCAAUGUGAAUGCAAACCUAAUGUUGUUGGAAGAAGGUGUGAUCAGUGUGCUGUGGGAACAUAUGGCUUCGGACGUUCUGGAUGCACUGAGUGUGCAUGUGACUCAGUAGGUUCACUGCACAACCGUUGUGACAAACAAAGUGGACAGUGCAUGUGUCGUGAGAAGGGCAUCUAUGGUCGACAAUGUAAUCAGUGUCAGCCAGGAUUUUGGAGCUUCCCCGAUUGCAGGGUGUGCCAAUGUAAUGACCACGCUAACAUUUGUGAUCAACAGACAGGAGCUUGUAUCGAAUGUCGUGACCUUACUGCUGGUCACUAUUGCGAUCGGUGCCAGGAUGGUUACUAUGGUGAUCCUAGACUUGGUGUGGGUCUUCCGUGCAAACCGUGCCCGUGCCCUGGUGGGCCUACAAGUGGUUUCCAACACGCAGAUACCUGCUAUCUGCAGCGUUCAAACAACACACAAGAUGUCGUUUGUAACUGUCGAUCUGGUUACACUGGUGAACGUUGUGCUGAAUGUGCGAUGAACUACUGGGGUAACCCAACAGAAGUUGGUGGAACAUGCGAAAGAUGUGACUGCAACGGUAAUAUUGACAUGGCGGUGGAAGGAAGUUGCGACGCUACCACUGGCGAGUGUCUGAAGUGCCUUCACAAUACUGAGGGUGCUAUGUGUGAAAACUGUGUCGAUGGAUUCUAUGGAGAUGCUAAAAUCAAGAGUUGUCAAAGAUGCGUCUGCAAUAACCUCGGAUCUAACCUCACGGCUGGGACCUGCGAUCGUGUUACGGGACAAUGCCCAUGUCAUCCAAAUGUCAUAGGAAUGCAGUGCGACCAGUGUGCUGAGAACCAUUAUGACCUCAGCAGUGGGCAGGGAUGCUCUGCUUGUGACUGUGAUCCAAAUGGUGUGGUAUUGAAACAAGACGGUACUCCGGAACUCCAGUGUAAUCAGUUCGAUGGAAGGUGUCGUUGCAAGAUCGGUAGAGGAGGUCGAACUUGCUCCGAAUGCGAAGAUUACUUCUGGGGAGAUCCAACAUCACCUGAAGGUUGCAAGAGAUGUGAAUGUAAUCCGACCGGCUCAGCUAACCAACAGUGUCAUCGCAACAAUGGAACAUGUAUAUGUCUCCCUGGAUCAGGAGGGGAUCUCUGUAACGAAUGUGCACGUGGAUACACCGGAACCUGGCCUUAUUGUCAACCAUGCGGAGAAUGCUUCCAUCAGUGGGAUGGCAUCAUCCAAGGACUCAAGAUGCAAGUAGAAAAGCUGAUCGACACAGCAAACAACAUUGAAGAUACUGGUGUGGCAUCCGCCUAUGACGAGGAGUUUGAGAACAUGGAAAAGAUUUUGGAAGAAACGAAGAAGAAACUUUCCGAUGCUAACGUUAGCAAGGAACACAUCGAACAGCUUGACAAUGAAGUGGCUAAGCUCAAAAAAGAGGUUGCUGCAGCUCGUGAGAGAUUGGAUGGAAUCGAAGCACGAGUCUCGAAUGCAACUCAGGCCGUUGAUUUCGCACAAGAGGACCUCAAACAGCUUCAAACAGACGCCACUCGCCUUUCUAAUGCUGCUGAUGAUUUACGCGAAAAGACGAAUAAAAUCAAAGAGGCUGACGUGCAGGGAGCGUACAAUAUCACCAAAGAAUCAGCAAGUCGUUCUUUGGCUGCUCAGCGUAGAACAGAUGCUGCUAUUGGUAAGCUCGCCGAGGCUGAAAGCGAGGCCAGAGAUGCCGAGGCUUUAUUGGAGAAGAACAAGGAUGACUUUGAAAAACAGUAUGCUGAGAACGAGGCCGCUUUGGCUGAAAGCGAGCACAGGAUCCACAUCCUUGAAGGAGCGCUACCACAGCUCAAUGCGGAGGUUUGCGGUGGAGAAUCUGCUCCCUGUGAUGCCCUCUGUGGAGGUCCUGGUGUAUGCGGUUUCUGUGGUGGACAAUCUUGUUUGGCUGGUGCCGUAAGUAAAGCCGACCAGGCCAGAAGCUUCUCUCUUGAGGCUGAUUUGAAGCUUAAUGAAAAACAAAAAGAAGCUGAAGAGGUUCUUACCCUCGUCCGCGAUGUUCUUCAUUCCACGGCUGCUGCGAAAAAGGAUGCACUCGAAGCAUUGGAAGUUGCACGAGCGGCUGCGCAACAAACAAACUCCUCUCGUGCAGAACUAGACCAAAUUGUUGAUCAAAUGAACAAUUUUUUGAAGAGUUCCAGAAGUUCUCCUGAACAGAUAAGAGCCCUAGCUGAAGAAGUACUAGCGAAGAAGAUCAGCUUAACCCCUGAACAAGUGGCUGAUCUCACCUCGAAGAUUCGUGACUCUCUAGCGAAAAUCAGCAACAUCAGUGCAAUUCUCGCCGAAACUCGUGGAAACAAGACACUUGCAUCUAAUCUAGAAGCAAAGGCUCUUGAAGCUAGUGCACGUGCCGCUGCAAUCAAGAACACCACAGACACUGUAAGGGAGGCUAUCCAAGUUGCUGAAGAAGCUCAGCUUGCUGCUACAGAGGCGAUACGAUCAGCUGAAGAAGUGAUGAAGCUGGCAAGAGAACAUCUCGAUGCAGCGAAGACUGAAGCGGAUGCAACUGAAGCACGUGCUAAGGAUGUUAACGGAAGCCUAUCUACUCUUGAAGGCGAAAUGAAGAAAGUGAAAGUGCAGUAUCUGCAAAUUGCGGAUGAUGCUAAAAAUGCUUUCCAACUGGUUGACAAAGCACUUCAAGCUGCUCAGACCGCCGAGCAAGGGAAUAAACAAAUGACGAUGGAUAUCGAGGUAGCUCAAGGGCUUCUUUCCGCACGUACUCAAGGGAACGAAGCGCCGCAGAAAAGAGCCGAAGCUCUUCGACAGAGAGCUUCCAAGCUUUUGUACAAAGCGCAACGAAAUAGUGAUGAUAUUAGUGCGUUAACAAAAGACGCUUCCGAUGUACGGCUCGAUGAUUAUCAGAGAACGUUGGAUGAAUUGAAUUCUCGUUUGGAACAAGUCACGAAGGAUAUCCAUGCAAGCACAGAAUUCUUCGCAAACUGUGACGUGUAA